AUUCAAAUGGUCGUUCACGGGCAAAGGUUGUUGUUGAAGGCUUGAAGCUUCCAGGAAACUGCUCGACGUAUUGGAUAUUAUAAUUUGUCUGCCAUCUUUCCUGACUGUUUUCUGGUUGACAAAUUGCCCUCCAAAAAUCCUGAAGAUCAAUUUUCGAAGCAAUUUAUGUGGUUUUUAAUGUUAAUAGUUGGUGGGUUUUGUUAUUCUGAUUUGGGCCUAUUUUGCUCGGCACUUGGCCUGCUGGGUUUUGAAGAUUUCAAUAAGGGGUUAAUGAUGGGUGAAUGUAAAUCUUUGAUGGAUUUGUUCAGUUUUGAUGACUCGACUUGAUUUGAAUUUGGUCCAUAGUUGAUGAAUUUGUUGGGUUUAAUUUUAUAUAUUCUCAACAGAAUUAUUUGCUGCUGAAACAUUGAAGAUUAUUGGAAACUGUGAGAAUCUGUGUAGAUUUUAUUUGAUCCUCUUCUUCUAAUUACUGUGGAUUGGGUUCAUUGAUUAAAGAUAGUUAAGGUAAUUUAUGGACCUAACUCGGGAAGAACUACGCGACGAUGGAGAGGGAGAGGAUAUGGAAAGAGAACCAUUAGCAGGUACCCACCUGAAGGAGAACAAAUUUUAUAGGACACGGUAUCCUGGUGCUGUGAGGCAAAAAGCCUAUAUAUUUGAUGGAGAAGGGAAUUAUUAUAACAAGGAGUGGGAUCUCAUGGAGGGUAGUGGCCAAGAGUUUUGUUGGUAUCAUGUGGAACUUCCAAAAGGGAACCAGAAGCUGUCACAAUCUGCCCAAUACCUAAUUGAUGUUCUUUGCCCACCCUUGAAACUCCAGGACAUUCUCUCAUUAGUUAGCAAUGGACCUUUUUGUGGGCAUGUAGAUGGCGCUCUUGUAUUCAGGGUUAAUUCUCCAGGCCCUGCUUCUAGCAAAUUUACCUUCAGGAUUGCUGCAAGAGUUACAGAGAAUUCGGUGAUUACUGUGUCUUUGGGUCGUGUUCCCAGAUUGGGUUUUUCGCCAGUGGGUCAGUCUCUUUUGUCAGAGAUUCCUAGUGUGGAAAGUCCAAAUUAUGUUGGAGACGAGCAAAAAGACAGGGGUGGUACUGUGAUCAGGGAGCAUGUUCUUGAUUUUUUAUUGACAAUGAAUCAUUCUGAGGAGGCUGAUAAUCCUGUGCCGAAAUCUGUCUCAAAUCUUCUUGUUCACAUUAUCGACACACAUGUGGAUCACCUCCAAGAUGUUGUGACCAAACUCGAAAUUGAGCUAGAUUCAGUAGAGUUGGAAUUGGAUAAAGGUGGUUUUACCUUAAAAAAGCAAAUGCUAGAUGAUAGAAGAUUCCCAAAAAUGCAUGCUGACUUGCAGCGCCUCCUGCAGGUGAUUGCAAAUGGGGAGCAAGUAUUUCCACGAGUCAGGGAGAAGUGCUCUUCAAAAAAUUGGUUUGCCAGUGAAGACAUUAGCUCCCUUGAGGAGUUAAUUGGACGUCUCAGGAGACUAAAGGAGAAUGUCGGGUUUAUAGCCAAUCGUGUUACAGCAAUCCAGGCUGGUCUUGAUAGCUGGCAGGCUGAGCAAAUAAAUAGAAAACUAUACUAUCUGUCUUUCCUUUCCAUCAUAUUUCUUCCUUUAUCAGUAAUCACUGGAGUGUUUGGGAUGAAUGUGGGAGGAGUUCCAUGGACAGAGCAAAGAAACCCGAAGGUGAAAGAAGGGUUUCGCAAUGUCAUGUUUGUCUGUUUCGCCAUGCUACUGCUUGUGCUUCUUUGCUUCCUUUUUCCAGCUCUUUAUACUCGUAUAGCUGCUUGGCGGAGAAGGAGAGCUCUGAGAAGAAGCUGGUCUCUAAACCGGAAGUCCUUUCUCAAGAGAACUGUGACAGGUGGAGACAGAGGAGGUUAUCUACGGAUAUAAUAAGAAAAAGUUUUUGUGGACAAAUUUCCCUCACCUUUGCCUUUGAGCAAGUUGGUUUGAGAUGAAUUUUAUUCCAAUACUCCAUGUUGACAUUUAUUUAUCCAUUCCCUAGAAGUAGGAUUCUUGAUUGUGGUCUUGAUCUCUUCGGCCGAGACUUAUUUCUCAAACUUAUUUUUAUUUGGAAAGAAGAAAAAACUGAGGAAACGGGGGAAAAAAUAUCAUAUUUGUUGAUUUUUGGGCAUUUGAAUUGGAGUUUCGGCGGGUAUUUGUUGAGCAGCAGCACCAAAUAAAAAAAGGAGCUUCAGCUAGUUUUUCUUUUUUGGUUCAACAGUCAGAUUUGUCCGAGUUAGUUUACACCAAGACUAAAGGAAUAAAUUUUUCAUAACUUGACCUCAAGAAAUUACCGAGAUUCAAACUUAAGACGUCUGUGCAGCUCAUCUUUGCUAUCACUUGAGAUACUAUUUAAAUUUCAGCCAGUUUUGAAAAUGUUGGUGUAACUGCAAAGGGUGUUUUAUUAUUUUCUUCAAAGUUGUAACAUGGCACAUUAUCAGAGUUGAAACCAUGUAUGACUAACUUCUGAACAGUUCAAG